AUGAUGAAAGCUGAGUGUGUUGAUGGAAAAGUAGAUUGGAAGGGAAGAACAGCUUUGAAGUAUAAACAUGGAGGAUUGAGAGCCUCCUUACUCAUUCUAGGAACAUUUGGAUUGGAAAACGUGGCGACUUUGGCAUUGUCAGUGAACUUGAUUACGUACUUCGUAGCGAUCUUACACUUCAAAGUAGCCGACGGAGCUAACCAUCUUACCAAUUUCAUGGGAACUUCUUAUAUUCUCUCAAUUCUCAUGGCCAUUUUGGCAGACACUCUCAUCGGCAGAUUCAAGAUCACUGUCAUUUCUGCAUGCCUUGAAUUCAUGGGAUUGGUGCUGUUAACAAUCCAAGCUAGAAAGCCCGAGCUGAGGCCACCGCCAUGUAACCUUGCAGAUCCAACCGCCACAUGCGAGGAGCUGUCCGGAGGCAAUAAGGCGCUUCUUUUCGUCGGGCUGUACAUGUUGGCGUGUGGCAGUGGCGGGGUGAAGGCGGGUCUGCCAGCACAUGGGGCGGAUCAAUUCGAGGAGAAAGACCCGAAAGAGGCAAAGCAGAUGUCGAGUUUCUUCAACUCGCUGUUGCUGGCAUUGUGCCUUGGUGGUGCUAUUAGCUUGACACUCCUUGUUUGGAUUCAAGACAACAAAGGGUGGGAUUGGGGUUUUGGGGUCUCAACCAUUGCUGUUUUCUUGUCUAUCUUUGUUUUUGUCUCCGGAAUGCCCACUUACCGAUUUCAAACCAUUCAAGCAAAUAAUGCCAUGGUUCAAAUCAUUCAGGUGUAUGUGGCAGCCGUUCGUAAUAGAAAUCUUAGCCUUUCUGAGGACCCAUCAGACCUCUAUGAGAUUAACCAGGACAAAGAAGCUGCUCUCGAAGCUGACUUCCUCCCUCAUACAAACGCUUUCAGGUGUUUAGACAAAGCAGCAAUAAUCCAAGAAAAUACUACUUCUCCAUGGAGACUAAGUAGAGUAACACAAGUGGAGAAUGCCAAGACCCUCCUCGGGAUGCUCCCAAUCUUCGGCUGCACCAUAAUCAUGACACUCUGCCUAGCUCAACUCCAAACCUUCUCCAUUGGCCAAGCUCAAACAAUGGACAGAAGUGUCAUAUCAUCAUCCUUUAAAAUCCCACCAGCCUCACUCGCCAUCCUUCCUGUCAUCUUCCUCAUCAUCAUCAUCCCCAUCUACGACCGCCUCGCCAUGCCCUUCCUACGCCGCCUAACUGGCGUCCCCACAGGCAUCACACACCUCCAGCGCAUAGGCGUAGGCCUCAUUCUGUCCGCCAUUUCCAUGGCGGUCGCAGCCAUCCUAGAAGUAAAGCGAAAGGCGGUCGCUCGAGACAAUGGCUUGCUUGAGGCCAUCCCUCAAGUCCAAGCCCUACCUAUCAGCAUUUUCUGGCUCUCGUUUCAGUACUUCAUAUUUGGGAUAGCCGACAUGUUUACCUACGUAGGGUUGCUCGAGUUUUUCUACUCUGAGGCUCCGAAGGCUCUCAAAUCUUUCUCAACUUGCUUUCUUUGGACUUCCAUGGCUUUAGGGUACUUUUGUAGCACGGUUUUGGUGAAGAUCGUUAAUAGUGCUACUAAGGGGAGUACUAGAAGUGGAGGCUGGUUGGCCGGGAAUAAUAUCAACAUCAACCAUUUGAAUCUCUUCUAUUGGUUACUUUCGAUUAUGAGCUUGAUUAAUUUCUCCAUCUAUUUGUUUGUUGCUAAGAGGUACAAAUAUAGGGUUCAGCUCAAUACUAGUCCCACCAAUGAGAAUGAACAGAAGAGCAAGGUAUAUAGUGAUGAGCAAAAAAAUUGA